GAAGAUGCGGCGGGGCUGGAAGAUGGCUCUGUCUGGGGGGUUGCGGUGCUGCCGCCGGGUACUGUCCUGGGUGCCAGUGCUCGUUAUUGUCCUCGUCGUUCUCUGGUCCUACUAUGCCUACGUCUUUGAACUCUGCCUGGUGACUGUUUUGAGCCCAGCAGAAAAAGUUAUCUACCUCAUACUCUAUCAUGCCAUUUUUGUGUUCUUUGCAUGGACCUACUGGAAGUCUAUCUUUACACUCCCACAGCAGCCCAACCAGAAGUUCCACUUGUCCUAUACAGACAAGGAGCGCUAUAAAAAUGAAGAGAGACCUGAGGUCCAGAAGCAGAUGCUUGUGGAUAUGGCCAAGAAGCUACCAGUGUACACAAGAACCGGGAAUGGAGCUGUACGGUUCUGUGACCGGUGUCAUCUAAUCAAGCCAGACCGCUGCCAUCACUGUUCUGUCUGUGCCAUGUGUGUUUUAAAAAUGGACCAUCAUUGCCCGUGGGUUAAUAACUGCAUUGGAUUUUCCAACUACAAAUUCUUCCUUCAGUUCUUAGCUUAUUCCGUUCUCUACUGCCUGUACAUUGCUACAACAGUCUUCAGCUACUUCAUCAAAUACUGGAGAGGGGAAUUGCCCAGUGUGCGCUCUAAGUUCCAUGUCCUCUUUCUUCUCUUUGUGGCCUGCAUGUUUUUUGUCAGCCUUGUGAUUCUCUUUGGUUACCAUUGUUGGCUUGUCAGCAGAAACAAAACUACCUUAGAGGCCUUCUGCACACCAGUAUUUACAAGUGGACCAGAGAAAAAUGGGUUCAAUCUUGGCUUCAUCAAGAAUAUUAAGCAGGUGUUUGGCGAUAAUAAGAAGUUCUGGUUAAUACCUAUUGGGUCCAGCCCUGGUGAUGGACACUCCUUCCCUAUGAGGUCUAUGAAUGAGUCCCAAAACCCGCUGCUGGCAAAUGAGGAACCCUGGGAAGACAACGAGGAUGACAGUCGAGUUUCUACUGCUAUAAAAAGUCACCUGUUGGAAAGAAUAACAGAAGAAAAUAAACUAGCAUGUAUUGAGAGUGUCCUGAAGUUGGCACAGUAG